UCUGAUGUCAUGAGGAGUAAUUGAACCCUCACUGAGGAAGGCUGCAGACCGGAUCCCCGCCUCUCACCGGACUGGAUUCCGCUAUGGGGAGAAGGUCUGCUGUGGGAACAUGGCGCACUUACUCCGGAUUCACUUCCCCCAGGAAAAGCUCCACAGCAUCGGUUCUUAGCGCACAGACUCUCCCCACAUCCACACACAGAUAAGGUCUCUGUGGAGCUCGGGUAACUCGCAGAGCUGUGUUCCUCUCGUGUCGGUUUGGAUGUGUUUUCUCGUCCUUCCUCACUCCUCUUCCUCUUCUUCCUCACUCCUCCUGCUGCUGUGGGAUGAAAGUUUGGAGCCGUCGGGUUUAGCAGACAGAGAGCAGGAUGGAAAAGCACAGAGUGAGGAAAGAGAAGUUCUCUCUGUUCGGUUCUCGCUCCACCAGCAGGACCGCCAACCCUCCCUCGUCCUCCUCCUCCUCCUCCUCUCCCGUCAUCCCUCCUUCAGUCCCUAAACUGAAAAAGAAUGAGCGCCCGCCUGCCUCCAGCCCCCCGAGCAGACUGGGCCCGCCUGGUCUGAGUAAAGCAGAGUUCCUGGAGCGUGUGCGCCGCAGUAACCAGGCCUGCCAGCAGGGGGAGUUUGCUCUGGCGGUGCAGCUUUACAGCGAGGCCCUGACCGCCGACCCGCAGAACUGCAUCCUGUACAGCAACCGCUCGGCGGCCCACCUGAGGCUGGGACAGUACAGCAUGGCGCUGGACGACGCCGUCAAGGCUCGAGUCAUCAACCCAAAGUGGCCGAAGUCUGGUCUGGACGGCCUGGAUUUCGAGGUUUUUGUGGCUUCUGACAGAGUGAGGUCCAUGGGGAGUCUGCAGCAGGCGCUGGUGUGCUUCGAGAAGCGUCUGGUGGUGGCUCAUGAGCUGGGCGGUGAAGGAGGAGGGAAGGCUCAGGCGUACUGGGAGCUGGGCACCUUACACAGCCAGCUGGGGAACUACGAGCAGGCCCUGUCCUGCCUGGAGCACCAGCUGAACAUCGCACGCACAGCCGGGGAUAAAUCCCUGGAGGCUGAGGCGAGUGAUGCGCUCGGGGGUGUUUAUCAGCUGAUGGCAGACAACGAGACAGCGCUACAGUGGCACCAAAGAGCGUUGGACAUCGCCGAGCAGACCGGGUGUGUGAGGAGCCAGGGUCGAUCCUACGGAAACCUGGGACUGACCUACGAAGCUUUAGGGAACUACGAGCGGGCCGUGGUCUUCCAGGAGCAGCACCUGAGUGUGGCGGCUCAGACCAACGACCUCAUCGCUAAAACUCUGGCGUACGGGAGUCUGGGGAGGAUUCACCACGCUCUGCAGAACUCUGCUCAGGCCGUGAUGUACCUGCAGGAAGGUCUGCGUCUGGCGGAGCAGUUAGGUCGGAGAGAAGAUGAAGCUAAGAUACGCCAUCGACUCGGCCUGUCGCUGUGGGCGGGAGGGAACCUGGAAGAGGCUCAACAUCAGCUGUACAGAGCGUCUGUGUUGUUUGAGACGAUCCGUCAUGAGACUCAGCACAACACGGAUUACAAACUCUCCCUGUUUGAUCUGCAAACCAGCUCGUACCAGGCCCUCCAGAGGGUCCUCGUCAGCCUGGGUCGGCAUGAUGAGGCUUUAGCGAUAGCGGAGCGAGGGCGAACCCGAGCCUUCGCCGACCUCCUGGUCGAGCGUCAGAAAGGUUGUCAGUCCGCAUCGAGCGCCGAUCCUUACAUCCCGGUUACCGUGGAGAACAUCCUGGAGACGGUGAACGCUCAGAGGGCCGUGGUCCUCUACUACUCUCUGGCUGGGAGCUUCCUCUACAGCUGGCUGAUCGCACCUGGAACAGGUAUCGUGAAGUUUAACGAGGUGUACCUGGGAGAGGUCGGGGCGGAGACGUCGGAGCUGCAGGAUGGAGGUGGGAGUCCACAGGGCGGAGGAGGAGGAGGAGGAGGACCUUUGUCUCUGGAUCAAUACAUCAGCAACGCCAGAGAGGCUCUGGGUCUGGACAGCCACUACAGCAGAGUCUGCUCCAGCAGUGAGACUGAGAGUGAAGCUGGAGACCUGUUGGAGCAACAGUUUGAGGAGCUGAACAACAAACUGACGUCGGCCACAGACCCCACAGGCUACCUCCGCAUGGUGUCCAGGAACAACGUCUUCAACAGAAGCUGUCAGAGCAUGACGAGUCUGUACAGCGCCACCGUCUCUCCGGCGAAGGACAGCCCGUCCUCUCCUCUGUGCCGGCCGAGCAACAUCAGCAAACCUCCUCUACGAGCUCUUUACGACCUACUCAUCGCUCCGAUGGAGGGGGGUCUGAUGCACAGCAGUGGACCGGUGGGCCGACACAGACAGCUGGUGCUGGUGCUGGAGGGAGAGCUCUACCUGAUCCCGUUUGCCUUGCUCAAAGGCAGCUCCUCUAAUGAGUAUCUUUAUGAGAGGUUCAGCCUCAUCUCUGUUCCUUCUUUGGCCAGCCUGGGAGCAACAAUCAAGCCUCACCCUCGCCGCGGUGGUCCCUUACUCUGCUCAGACGGAGGUUCAGUAGCAGCAGUGGUCGGAGCUCCUCGCCUGCCUCCCUCCGUGAUGGACCGCUGGCUGUGGGGCCCUCUGCCCUCUGCUCAGGAGGAAGCUCUGUGGCUCGGGGAGCAGCUGGGGUGUCAUCCUUUAACCGGAGCGAACGCCACGAAGGAGCGCGUUCUAGCAGCUCUGAGUCAGGCCGAGUGUGUCCACUUUGCCACUCAUAUAUCCUGGAAACUCGCCGCUCUGGUUCUUGCGCCCAGCCAGGAGCACGCAGGAGGAGGAGGAGGAGGAGGAGGAGGGCGGCCCAUGGAGAGGUCGCCUUGUGGGGCGUCAAACUCAGGCGACACUGGAAGUCAAAGUGGGAAACUGAAGGGUUCGUUUUUAAGAAGUCGCAGCAGCCCGGAGAGACUGAGAGGAGCAGAUGAGAUGAGCGACGACGGAGAGAGUGUGUGUGACAUAGAGAGUGUGUGUGACAGCCCUCCUCUUCACGACUUCCUCCUCACCGCCGCAGACAUCCUGGACCUCUGCUUGAGCGUCAAACUGGUCGUCCUGAGGUUGUACACAGAGUCCAGCAGCAGGGUGUCGGCGGACGGGGUGGUGGGUCUGACCCGGGCCUUCCUCGCAGCAGGGGUGCAGUGUGUGUGCGUGUCUCUGUGGCCUGUGCCGAUCGCCGCCUCCAAAGUGUUCACACACACCUUCUACACGGCUCUCCUCAACGGGACCAAAGCCAGCGCCGCUCUGAGCGAGGCCAUGAAGACUCUGCAGAGCAGCAAGCACUUCUCACACCCCUCCAACUGGGCCGGCUACAUGCUAAUUGGGAGUGACGUGAAGCUGAACAGCCCAAUGUCUCUGGUGGGUCAGGCUCUCGCAGAGAUCCUGCAGUACCCAGUGAGAGCAAGAGACGCCCUCAGAGUGCUGCUGCACCUGGUGGAAAAGUCUCUGCAGCGGAUUCAGAGCGGUCAGUGUAACCCGAUGUACACCUCACAGCAGAGCGUGGAGAACAAGGUCGGCGGCGUGCCCGGGUGGCAGGCGCUCCUCUCUGCGGUGGGUUUCCGCUUAGAUUUCUCCGGAAGCGGCGCCAGUCUCCCUGCGGCGGUUUUCUUCCCCACGUCGGACCCCGGGGAUCGACUGCAGCAGUGCAGCACCACCCUGCAGUCUCUACUCGGUCUCACUCCUGCAGCUCUGCAGGCUCUGUGCAAACUGGUGACUGUGUCUGAGGCCGGGGAACAGCUCAUCCACAAGCUCCACCAGGUCCUGGUCCAGCUGCAGUCAGGGGACAAAGAGCAGGACUUCUCUCUGGCUCCGAUCCAGAUGUCCAUCAGUGUUCAGCUCUGGAGGCUUCCAGGCUGCCACGAGUUCCUGGCUGCUCUCGGUUUCGAUCUGUGUGAGGUCGGUCAGGAGGAGGUCGUUCUGAAGACUGGAAAGCAGGCGAGCAGACGCACCAUGCACUUUGCUCUUCAGUCUCUUCUGGCUCUGUUUGACUCCACAGAGCUCCCCAAGCGUCUGAGCAUGGACAGCUCGUCCUCCCUGGAGUCUCUGUCGUCCUCCCAGUCCACCUCCCAGCCUCAGUCCUUACCCCUCUCCUUCAGCGGCUACCCCCCUCAGCCCUCCUUCCUCCCCCCCGUCUGCCCCGACAACCUCUCCUGCGACGCCAUCUCCGUCUACAGCCUCAGCUCGCUCGCCUCCUCCCUCAGCUUCCUGUCCCGCCCUGAGCCCGCAGGAAGUGACAUCAUCAGCCAGCACUCGCAUCAGCAGAACCUGGACAGAACUCGAGGGGGGGGCGGUCUGUACUCCUCGCAUCGGCACUCGGGCGGCUUGCAGCGAGGUCGGCUGACGAGUCACGGCGGAGGUGGAGGAGGAGGAGGAGGUGAGGAUGAGGAGUACGAGGGUUACUCCAUCAUCAGCAGCGAGCCGUUAGGGCGAGGGCGGAGGGAGUGUGACACGCUGCCUCUGCCUGCAGGACACAGACAGGCCAGAGGGGGCGCCGGGAGAGGGUCUGCAUCCUCCUAUCCUCUCACAGUUUCCUCAAAGGGAAGCGUCAGCACGCCGACGUCUCCGAUCAAAGCUCCGCCCCCGCUGCCACGAAAACCUGCGAGCCCCAAAGACAAGCAGCAGACCUCGUCUCCUGUAAAGACAGGGAAAGGGAAGGUCAGCAGCUCUGAGUCGGACCAGUCGAGCACCGAGACAGACAGUACCGUCAAGUCCCAGGAGGAGAGGACGGUUCCUGCGGGACAGCUGGACCCUCAGGAACUGGCCCAGAAGAUCCUGGAGGAGACGCAGAGCCACAUGCAGGCUGUGGAGAGCCUGCAGAAAGCAAACAUCAGAGGGAAGACGGCGAGGGGAGGCGAGGCCCGGCAGACUUCUCUGUCCACUCCUACAACCCCGACUUUGUCCCCCACAGGAGGAGCGCGAGGGUUCCAGCCCUCCGAGAGGAGCGCCUUCAGUAGACCCCCCAGCAGAGCCAGUUUAAAGGCGUCCUCUUCUCCUCUCUCGCUCUCUGGACAUCUUUCCCCUCUUUCCCCUUCUGCUUCGACGCCUCCUCCAACGCGACCUAAACCUCCGUCACGCUCUUCAUCUCUGCAGAAAAUCAGCUCCGGGUGGAGCAGCCCGGCUCCGUCUUUAUCCCUCUCUAUGAAAAGCCAGACUUCACCUUUCUACACUGGUUCUCCAGAGGUCCACACCCAGGCUCCACUCAAACUCAAACACCCUCCUUCACCUUACACCUCCCACAUGUCACCUGCACCUUCACCAGCUCUUUCCUACUCCUCUGCAGGAUCCAUGUCAGCCUCCUCCAGCCCUGCAAACACUCCCGAACUGAACCAGUCCAAACCGGAACAUAAAGUCCAGACUAUUCAUAACUUAAAAACCUUCUGGGCCAACGCCGGGCAGAAACACGAGGAGCCGUGUGCGGCCGGGUUACUGCGAGGCGCGAAUAAGAAAAUGAGCACUGUUCAGAAGGAUGUUUUAGGUCUGCUGAACCUCUCACCUCGACACGAGUCUGUGAGCAGACCCGUGGAGGAAUCUAAGGAGCACAACACUGGGGAGCGACCGAACGGUCACCACACGCUGGAGGCUAAACCACCUCCGCCCGUGAGCUCUAAAGGGAGCAUCAAACUCCCCUCUGGGAACGGCUACAAGUUUCACUCUCCUGGACAUUUUUUUCCUUCCUCUAAAUGCUGAGAGUUUGGAUAUUUGCCGUGCAGAGCCGUAGCCUGUAUUUAAGAAGCGGGUGUAGCCACCAUGGCGUCACUUACUGGUUUGUGGACGACCGUUGUGAAGCCUCAAGUUUUGGCGUUAGUUUAUUUUGGCGCCGGAUGCAACCAUAGGAAGAGCAAAGAGUUAGAUCAGCACUUGCCAGGUGUUUUCUUUGGUCAGUAAAGUAACAUGAACAAGGAUUCUUACUUUUGCAAGCAUAAAGGCUUAAAGUGAAGUGUCUUUCACCUGCAUUCUUUCUAAUGGCCAGCAGGGGGCGAGCUCAUCAGCUGCAGAAA